UACAUCUCGUGAAAACUUCCUGUUUUCAGUUGAGUCAUUGGCGAACACAGAGAACUACUGACUGUACUGAGUAGACUUUUCUCAAGAGUUCAUCUACCAUCUGGGUCGACUUUAUGACAUUUUAGUGCAUCUCACGGACGGAUUAUUGUGAAAUAACUUGCGCGUGGAUUUCAGACAUCAAGGACUCUCUUGGCGAUCGUAUUUCGAGCUGCAAGCUUGUGCCUGUCUCUUCGAAUCCUGCUCUUUUAUCUUACAUAUAUUACAGAUUCCAGCGUUUCUUCAAACUUCUCAAACUGGAGGACAACAUAAGUUUGGAAAUGAGCAACCCUUGCAAUAACGAAGUACUUAAUAUCAACGGCCAGCCGAUUACUUUGGAUGACAUUCUGGAAGAUACCAGCUUGUAUUUCAACCCAGCUUUUCUUGAUAGUUCUGAUCCAGGUAAGCUAUAUACUCAGGUAGGAUACUUGUGGCAUGAAAUGAAUGCACAAAGGAUAGGUCUUCAAAUUAUGUUUAAGUCAUUCAGCGCUUGAGUAAUUAGGUUUUUUAAUUGCUACCCCAAUGCCCUAUCGCGCACUACAUGCGUAAUGUAAUCAUGAUUUAUUGGGGAAAAUGGUGAAAUGAUAUACUGAUCUUUUAUCGUUUUUCUUAAAGUUCAAUACGUUUUAUGAGAUUUCAAAUGUUGUAUUCAUAUCUAAGUUACCUCUGCCAAUAAUUGACAGUCAUGUACUCCCAAAAAUAAUUGACUUUAUGUUCUGAGUAACUGACCUCACACCCGCCUAUAUUUUUUCACAAAAUACUCCAACGAGAUAUUUCACCUUUAUCAUGGUUUAUCACUCCCUUUGCAACUCUUCAGCCUCCCUUUGUCAGAUUUUUAGCCUCUGACAGGUGAUAACAACCCUGGCUUUUAUGCAAAUUGUUUUCUUUGAUUUAAUUUUUAGCUCACAGUGGCUCGUUUAGCAAUAUACAAUGUACCGUCGAUAUAUUUACUCUUGAUCGUUAUAUUUUGUGCUGACCUUGGCCAGCCAUCAAGGUUGUAAUUUGCAUGGUUGUGCACGUUUUUGUGAUUCGAGGUUGUACAUCAUUGUUCUGGUUAAGCUUUUCUCUGGGAUUAAUAAAUGAACGAAUUAAAAGGCCUUACUUUAUUUACAAAGGAUAUCACUCAACAAGCGAAAGUUGUGCGAGGAAAUGAAUAUCGGACACUACAAAAAACCUUUCCCCUUUAGCACAGCUCACUGAUCUUAUCAUUCACUUGAUUACAAUGCUGUUAGGAGUGUUGAACUGCGACGAGGCCACAUUUAGGUUAAAGGCAACAAAUAGUCAACAGUUUUUGUUUUAUUUUAAUAUAUUGUGAAUUCUUAAUUUGACGUCAUUUCCGACAGUGCGUUAUCUGUAAAUUAAAGUUUUUUGCUUCUUGUCAGAUUUAACAGACUUAACGAACUUAUGUCGCUGAAAUAAUGAAACGAAGAGUGUGUUGUGUUUAAGAGUGCAUUAAAUAAGUUUAAAAUUGCACUUGAUGUAAUAAGAGGCUUUUUACGUGUCAGAAAAGUUUUGAAUUAGCAACUUUAUGUAGCUAGGUCACGUUCCACUAACUUCCACCAUGGCGUUGGCUUUAUAACUCUUAAAAUUAUCAGUAGAAGCUUGUUUGUCAAUUCAUGCCUGAAUAGCAGGCGUAACCAGAUUUCAUCUAAACAUUUCCCUCCUUUUCAGUGGCCAAACUCGAAUAAUCAUGUUUCGUGUAAUUGGUGUGCGAUUGUGCCAUGUGAGGUCAUUAGAAUUCUUGUCACGUUUUCACUUCAUCUAUGCAUGAACUCUGUCACGCAAAUCUAGGCGAUUUUGUGACAUGACCCGAUGACAAUAAAAAUAUCCGAGAAGAUUGAUCACGUCUGUGAAACAACACAGUAAAACCUCUUCGAAAACCAUAGAGCCGAUCGAAGUUUAAUGAAAUGAGGCAUGCAGACCCCGAAAAGAGAGUUAUCUCGCUCCGUGUUUGAUGAGAAAGCGUUCCCAAGCGUAUCUAAGUCGAGCUAGGAAGUCCAUUAGUCAGAGCAUUGCUUAAUAUCCGCAGGAAAAGUUGUUAAAUAUUUAUUGAAUGAUCUUAAAUCAUUUCCAUGACUGGUUGUUGAGUGAGGCGUCCAAUGAUGACCAAGGCAUUUGUGUUAACGGUUGUUUUAAAAAAAUAUGUAAAUACAAUCAUGAUUUUUAUUCCCACCACUCAUUUUUUCACUCAUUCUUCUUCUUCUUUUUUUUUUAGCGUGUUUUGACAAUAUGUUAAUAUCGUCCUGGAGUAGGUGAAAUCCGUAAAGAAUAAAGAAAAAUUAGCGAACAUUUGUAAACCGUCUAAAUUAUAGAAUUGUGUACUAUGGCAAAAAGGUCUUAUUUAUAGGUUCUUUUGUCACGUUCUUCAUGACGCUUUUCUCGAAUGACAGGUGAUUAAUAAUCAUAUUUCAUUCUCUAGACCUGUGGCAAAAUUUUGUAAAUUAGCCUAAAAAUCGCCGAAAAGUUGUCGACGAAACGAUUGUUAGCAGAUUUUUGGGAAAUUCGUGUGUUUAUCAUCCUCACUUAAAUCUUUACACUUUUGCAUCUUUUUUUAUGGUCAAACACCUCUUUUUUAAUGGUUAAGCGGCAUGUGAUGCACGUGUGUGCAAUCACCGACUCUCUGCCAUAUCUAGAGGUCUUCGACCGUAAAUACGUGCUUGAAUUUUUGUUUUCAACUGUCAAGUGCUCAUGGAUAAAAGAACUGUGGCACGAGUCACGUUUUAAGGUGCCUGAUGACAUCCUCCUACGUCCACUGAUAUAUUCUAAACAGAAAUCCAUAGAUAGUUAAUUGAACCAAUUUCAUCUUUAUGUUGUUGAUGAAAAGCUGAAUAUGAACCUUCAUCUAUUACCGAGUACAUCUGCGCUCUUUGAAACUUAUCGCGAACAACGCAAUUGGCCUAGUACAUCGCAUUUCGGUGCAAUUUUUUUCGCGUCAAAAGCAUAAGGUACAUUUGAGCCAUUAGUUGUCGUAUGUCAAAGUUCUUUCAAAUGCCACGUAAGUCAUAAAACCGGCGAGAAAGUACCAAAAGUUGUGAUGCACGUGCGCAGGUUUUUGUUUAUUAAGCGUUAUCCCUGUCAUUUUUACUCUUGAAUCUUGGCUGCUUGGACGUGUGGCGAGGGAGGUGGAAAGUAGCGGUCUGUAUCACGUUUUAUGGCCGGAAGAUAAUGAUGGUAUCAGAAAAACGUGCCGAGCCCACGAGAUAUAAAUCUUCUCUAAAUCUAAAUCUCUUAUGACAAAUAUUUUGGGCAGGUCUUUGUUUUUUUUUUUUUUUUUUUUUGGGGGGAACGGAGGAUUUUCGUUUUGACUCCAAAAUACUUACCUGGUUCCCCCCUAGGCAUUGUAGUUUUCUAAUGAUCCCCCCCCUCCCCCCUCCCCCCUCAUCGGCAGUCUAUUUUCGACUGAUCCCCCAAAAGAAAUCCCUCUAGCCUCCCAGAUUAUAAAUGAAACGACUGGUCCCUUAGUGCAAUUACGAUUCGCAAGAAAAAAAGGGUAAUUAUAUUUCGCAGAAAAUUAAAAAGUAUUUUAGCAAAUUGAACCUUUUUUAAACCUUUUUUGAGUCGAAACCUAUUGCAUAGGUUUUCAGACAAGAUGAUAAAUUGAGACUUGAAGAGUAUUGAACUUUACUUUCAGUUUAGUGACCUUGAAAUAUUAGUAAUCGAAAAGUGUUAACGUUCCUAAAAAGGUUACAACUUACACUACGUUAUGUGAUCCAGAAUGUUGACCAAAGCAAUGAUAUUCAAUGUCUCUGAGAAAGCUAGUGAGGAUAAAAAAAUGAAUAAUCAAAUGAGAGAUAUAAUCUAGAUCUCCGACGCAGAUCUUUCAACCAUCGAGCCCUGUAAUUGACGUCAUGGUCCAUGACGUCAAUUACAGGGCUCGAUUAGCAAAAGGGUUAAAAAAAAUAUAGAGAGGAAAAAAAAUUAACAUUGGCUUAGCAGAUUCGUUCUUGUUUUCAUGUAUACCUUGCGGGGACUGUUGACCUUGACUACAAAUCAAUAGGCCUUCCACCACACCAUCACGUUCGCAGUUCGCGUGGUGAAGGUGUUCAUUUAUUUCUAUGAAAAAAGGAAAAAAAGGCGUGAUUAAUUGGAAUCACACACCUCAUGCGUGAUAUACUAAGAUAGAGUAGUUUCCGUAAAACCAAAGCCAAAGCUAUGACAAUAGCCAAUCAUAGCAAGGAAAUUAUAACGAGGAGCCAAAGAGAGCUCGAGGUAAAAAUAGGCAAACUGGUUAAAGCGCCGGAAAACGCGAGUGAGUAGUUUGCGAUUGGUUUUAGUUUUGAAUAUGAUUGGUGGAGAAAGUAGCGCGAGUUUUCUGUACAAAUCACGUAGCAAGGUACAGCGUAACCAAGGUAAUUCAGGAUUGCUUUCGACACUUUGGACCCUUACAUCAGUAUGAAUAUUCUCCAUACUGGUCUCUGUACAUUUACUAAGGUCCUGACAAGGAGAAUUUGUCUAACAAUCAAGAGUUUCUUUAGUUGGUUAUCAUUUCCUUUAUUCUCACUGAUGACACUAAUGUGAUUCAUUGGUGAUAUUGUGAGGGGAAACUAGAUGCUAGUCACUCUUAAGGGUUAAAGGGUUAAAAUUGCUCUUAUGCCAUAAGAUGUAAUUGAAAAACUAACAAAUAGCUUAAUAGUGGAGCAAUGGAGCCUUUACUGGAUAGGUUAACAUAUAAUUCAAUUAAGGCAUCGCAAAAAAAACACAUGUACAUCAUAUUAAACUAUCGAUUAGGUGUAUUUAUGUUACUCAGUAAAAACGAUUGCCUUUUGUUUCCAAAAAGCAAAACGGGAAAAACUUUAUGCUUUGCUCACAACCAUCAAUUCUGACUCUAAAAAUCGUAGUUACGUUUUUAUUUUAUAUUUCGACUUCACGCAGUGUCAGUGCAAAUUCUAUUGCGUGAAUGAACUUUUUAUUCUUUCUCGGUUGAGUAACCGGGAAAUUAGCUUUUAACCCUUUUACUCCGAAGAUCUCAGUACAGUAAUUCUCUUUACUGUCUGCCAUACAAGUCUUAUGAUGUGAGUUUAAAGAAUUUGGAAUUGGAUCAACUAACAAUCCCCUAAUUGAUGAUUUUUCUUUAGCCUCGUCAUUUAACGGCUUGUUAUUGUAUUAAUAUUGCAAGGAGAAAUCUAUAUUUUGGUCACUCAGGGGAGUUAAAUGCUAAUGCUUGCUCUACGCGAGUGGCAAUUCACUUUGAAUAAGUUUUUAAAGUUAAUUUUUACUUUUUUCAGUGUUUUCUUCAUUCGACCUGAGCUAUACGGAAGAUACAAAGUCUAAUGUGACCAUUCUGGAUUUGAAAGAUGUCUACGAGAAAGGGCAGAUGCGAAGAAAUGCAAACUCAGAACAAAGGCUCUUGGACGCAGAGGUACACCUCAUGGCAACUUCGCAAAAACCAAUUCAGGUAAUGAAACUUAUUAAUGUGCUUCUAUCUUAAAUAAAGACAGAUUUGAAGGAAUGAUAAAUUUUUUCUCGGUAUUCACUUUAGAUCGGGCUUCGCUUCCUUUUAGCCUCAAAUGAAUGGAGAAGUCGUUGGGUGUAAGGGAACUCAAUUUUGGUUCGUGUUAGCGAGGGUGUGUUUUCGGGAGUCGACCAUGUACGUCGCUUCUGUCUAUUGAUGUCGUUUUGUCUCGUUCCUCUUAGGAUGUGCGCGCAUACGUGGAAAGAUGUCCAGAGGCCGCCAGAAUUCUUCAGGACACGAACGGACGAGUGUCUUUGGACUUGGUGUACAGUAAAAGGGAUUUGUUCGUGGCGAAUUUUGCCGUCAACCUCGACUCAGUUUAUUCUAACAAUGGCAUUAAAGUAUAUGAACUUUCACGCGUUAAAGGAGACGAGAGAAACAUCUUCCGUGUGGUUGUUGUACUGCAUUUUGCAGAUGGAACGACGAAGGAAUUCAUCAGUAAAAACUUUCAAGUGCAAAGCAAAAAAGUCACGAAACAGGAACCAGGUAAAAUGAACAGAGAAUAAUUCAUAUGGCAUAAAAAUCCACAGUACUUGUAGUCGUGCCCCCGUAGAUAAAAGGUUGAGUCAGUACUCAUUGAAGCCAAUUGGCCAACCCAGCCAAAGCUUUUCCCGGUUCCCUUAGCAUGAAGUGACUAGAAGUAUUACUUCUCUUCCCUGGAUGGGAUGCCAACCAUCACAAGGUUUUCAUCAGGCUUCCCUGACAAUUCGUUGAUACUCAUUCUUUACUCUUGAGCGGAAAGAGGCACUGUGAGAGUGAAGUGGUUUGUCCAAGAACACAAAAUUUUUCGACCCGGAGUCCAGUGCACUGACCGUAAGGGCGCUGUGUUUCCACUGUUAUGACCCUGUACAUGAAUUUUAUUGCUUCUAAACUCUCCUAAAACAAAGAAUUUUCAAUCACAUCCCCGAAAUUUUCUUAGAUAAUUGGUUAAGUAAGGUUGUCUAGACCCCUCUCGACGUCUUCAACCUCUCCUCCAGGUUCUCUUCCCUCCCUUUAUUUGGUGUAUGAAGAUGCUUUCACCAAUGAUUGUUAAAAAGAUAAAUAUGGUAACUAGAAUUUUCACAAUCACCAAAUUGAAACCGAGGAGUGUCUCUUGUGGUAAUACAUAAAUUAAGGCGAUGAACUGAAUCCCUUUUUUGUCUGCUGCAUUUCACAGAUGAGGAUUCAGUGAGCGUGGAUAACGGAUAUUGUGGAACGCCAAGUCCUGAAAAUAAUAGAAAAAAGCGAAAAUGUAAGUUAUGCACGUUUUAAUCACGAGAAAGCCUGUUCCAGGUGUUAUGUGAAGAAAACGGAGUGAAAUAGAUAACGGCUCGAUAGUAGAAAUCAGAGGUUAAUGUUUGCCGUUCGGAUUUACGGUAAGCGUGGUUCUAAAUCUAUCUCUGCGGGGAAUCUGUCUAGCCUGGCGUGUAACCGCUGACAAAAGCGUAUUUAGUGUAUUGUCAGCUCAUUUCUUUCUUUCUUCUUUUAGUGUUGGAAUUGGAUACCAGUCCUAAUGGAAGUUGGAGCAGUGGCAUGAACAGCGAAAGUAAGUCACUAAUCUAUGUCUGGUUUAUUUGUUUUGUUUUGUUUUUUUUCCCGUUAUAGCUUGGAGUGGAACUAACAGAGGAUCAACUAAAACACGCUAAGAGUCCAAUUUUAUCGAAUCAAAACUAACCAGUAAAGUGUCUUUUUAAAAGCCGUGCAGCAUGUACAGAUCACUCAAUCCUCUUUUGGCAUAAUCAAAACGUUUCAGAGCUAAUGACAGUUCUUUUUUUUCGGUGAACAUUUGUGUCUUGAUCUCAGUUCUGAUUGGCUGAAAGGAAUAUUAUUUCACUUCACUCUUGCCUGCAUUAUUCCAGUCGUGAUAUAUCCAUAGAGGAUAGUCUUUCUGUACAAUUAUCAAUUCGAUUUUUGCAGUAGAGUAAGAAUCAUUAGGGACUUGAUUUCUGUUAACGGCCUCGACCCUUUGCCCUGCAGAAAACACAAACCUUGAUCUUGGUCUUGAUAGUUUUAGGUAUCAUUUCCAAUCUCAUCUAAUUAUUGUUAAUAGGUGUUACUAUUAUAGGUUUAGUUACCAUUCCGCCACCCCCCCCUCCCCCUUAGAAAGAACUAUGACCGAGACAGCGACUGGGGAGCAUCAGCGCACUUAGACGAUUUGAACGGUUCAUUUUACUCUCUGUAAUUUAACUUGGUAAUUCGGUUAAUGAAUAGCUCCCUUAUUUUCAGGUAUCAGCGCCGCAGAGAUAAUUACAAACCGACUCGACGCUCAAUCUGCCAUCAUCAAUGAACUGCGAGUUAAGAAGCCUAUUGUUACACAGAGAGGAGACAUUGCUUAUCACUUCAAACUGAACAAAGCUGAACUCGACCUUCCUCUCGAAGAGGGUGAUAUCGUCGGGUUCUUUGAAGGUCCUGAUGGAAAGACCCACAUAGAGAAACUUACCCAAAUUAAUGCGUUUAAAGCUAAGAUGGCGGGAGUGAUCAGUAGAUCUGCGUAUUUAGAGGCCAAGACGCCAGCGGAUGGCGAAGAAAAAGGUAACAGUAAGAGAAGGUUAUCAGUCUAUUUUGGCACUUCAGCCUCUUCCUCUCGUAUUUGGUAGUCUUUUCCCCCUUUUCUUUAUAUCGGAAAACCUCAAUAUAAAGUAUACAAUCUUUGGUUACAACUAAAAAAUACUCUCGUAAUCAGAGAAUGUUUCUUUUAUCAAAGGGACAUCCUAUCAGGGGACUCUUUUUCUAGUCACGAGGUUGUUCCCUGAAUAGAGAUCUUGCUGUGAUUUGUCCAAAGUUCUACCGAAAGAUUCAUGAGGAUAAAUGCUGGAUUCAAUUUAUUCCAAUCUCGAGGUUGUUUCCUAAAUAGAGAUCUUACUUUGAUUUGUCUAGACGUCUCGUUCAUGAGAGAUUCAUGAGGACAAAUGCUGGGUCAUGUUUAUAAAUGAUUUUUUCAACAAUUCUAAAUGAGUAUUCCCUUAUCUGAACUAACAGCUGGCUGUUCUGUGUCAGGUUUAGACGAUCUCGUGUGUGUGAUUGGCAUGGUGAACGUCAAAGUACUGGGUCCAGUGAAAAACGGCGAGCGAAUCUUUGCUUCAUUGGAACACUCAGGAGUGGCCAUACCUCAGAGCCGCUUGAACGGUCGCGUGGCCAGUGAUGCCUUUCUGCUCGGCCAAACACUAGAAAGACGGGACGCCAAAGAACACGAAGUUAAAUUAGUACAGUCUUUCGUUUCAGUUCUCCUGAGUAUUACAUCCAGUCAUAUGGCCGAAGUUAAAAGCGACGACUUGCGGAAGCACGUCAGAGAGGAUGUCAAAAUAGAAGUGAAUAAGAUCAAGAAAAAAUGUAUUUCAGGUAGUUAUGUCGCCUUUCUUUAAAGUUGUUUUGGUAAUUUGACGUUUUUAAUCGCACACGAGGUCUUCCAGUAUGUUAUUUGGGGCGAGCGUGAAGUGUACCUCCUCUCGUGACUUAACCUUCAAGUACCUCCUCUGGCACGUGACACGUUCGCGCAGAGCGUCCUCUCGCCGGAGAAGCUAAAAGAUUUGCGCCUGUUCGCUGGGUUAGGUAAAUGUGGGACUUAAUUAAAGGGGAACAUAAUCUAUUCAAAAUUACUAUCGCAGCUAUAUUAUCAUUAUAAGAGCAAAGAAUCCGAAGUCAAAUUUUCUGUAGUAAUCACCUUUUUCUGUUGCAUUCUUUAAUACAUACUUGUACGUUUUCAUAGGGGUUGGCCGCUGGUUGUUCGCAGGCUUCAUUCUAGCUGUGUUAUUAGGAAUUUUGUUGUACCAGUUGUUCGUCCCAGGCUCCGCGCUUCGUUAUUACAGGUGUCGCCAGGGCUCCAUCGAAGAUAGUGAACUGUGGUUCACAUUUACUACUACAGACUUUCAGGUAUUGCCCCUCCUUCUUUACUUUUAAAAUACAGAGCUAACUGUACUCAGUCUGGUUUGGAAUUGAUCCGCAUUAUAAAACUACAGUUACGCAAAAACAAACCACAAAAAAAUACGGGGUUUCUCGACGGAAUUUGUCUUCUUAAUAAAAUAUUUUCUAUGGCUAAGAGAUAGCACCGAGGAUUUGAUCGAUAGAUUAACAAAAAUCGUCGUUUUUUUCUUUGUUUGACUUAAAACGUGUGUUUUUUUUUCUGUCCCCCAAACUACCGGGAGAAGCUUUUGUUAAAAGAAAAAAAAUUGUUUUGAAGUUGCGUCUCACGUGUGAUCCUAUGCCGUUAAACGUUUUUUCUUCCACGUAAGAUUCAUUAAUUGUGUCCCCUUUUACUUUAAACAGAUACCUCGUGUGCACUGUAUCGAGUUUGAUUUCGACAAGUUGAAGAAAAAACUGGGUUUGAAUAUUGGCAGAAUAAACUACACUGGUAAAGAAAGGAUUACUAAGGAUAUAGACCUCUACACGAUACGUCUUUUGUUAACAAAAUUACUAUAGAACUUUUUUUCUAGCCCUGGCUAAAUUCUUGACUUUUCCGCGUGAUAUUUCUAUUCGCGACAUGGGGAGCUCCUAUGACUCUAGGUACGCAUUAUAGAGGAACAAGCGGAUGAUCACACAAGCCCCUUGCGAAAAGUGUGCCACUAGAUUACACAAUGGUGCCCCGCUAUAUGAUUUACUGUGUAAACUAAGGGAAGAGUCAUUAUUUAUCAUCCCCUAAGGUGGGAUGAGAGAGGGGGGGAGGGGGGCUCCAGAACUCUUAUUUCCUAUGAUUUUAAGGGGUAACGGAGGGGGAUCGGUCGUCGCUAACAGAUCAUUAACCCUUUACACCCUAACAUCAGUAUGCAUAUUCUCCAUACUGUUCUCCAUACAUUUCCAAAGAGGCUGACAAGGAGAAUUUGAGUAACAGUCAAGAGCUGCUUUAGUUGGUGAUCAUCUCCUCUAUUCUUAUAGCUUUCAUGUUUGAUUCAGGGAUGAUAUAGUUGGGAGAAAUUAGAUGCUAGUCACUCUUAGAGGCUAAGGAGUUAAAGGAUGACUAUAUAAAACUGACGGUCAAUAGGGAGGGAUCCUUAGAAUACUAUAGAGCCUUGUGCAUUACUGUGACACGACCAAAAUUAUUGUCCCCCCCCCGACCCCACAGGCGAUAAAUAAUAACCAGUUUCAUAAAUUUUAAGUAAACCAAGGAAAGUGAAGUAAAUUAUAUGGAAAAUUACUGUGAUAAAUCUCACAACGGAACCAGCUUGGUUAAGGUCGGAGUAGCUUGACACAGAUUUUAAAUGACUACCCGAAAACCUUUGGAGUUAAGUUAUUAGACGCACAUGUACUCAAUAAUCAUGCCUUACUUCUUUAAUGAGCUCGUUUUCUCUCUUUUUCAGACGCACAUUAUUAUCUGAAUCUGGACAGAUGUGCGUAUGGCGGAAUCCGACAUGUUCGGUCGCAUUUGGACAACAAAGAAAUGGUCCGGGGUGCAGAAGUAGUAGCAGUGGAUCACAACUGUACCACUGUAUAUUAUCACUCGGAGAGAUGGGUCCCGUAUGAAUCGGGCAGGGAUAUCGUGUGUUCUGCACAUCCCAAGUAACUGGCACUGGGGGCAGGAAACUCCAGGUGUAGGACUAACAGGAAUCUCCAGGUGUACAUUAUCCUAGAGAAUAUUUUCUACUAGAUGGGAGUUUGGACUUAAACGGAAGUUAAAUUCACUCGGAUGGGGGCUGAAUUCCGCUAUAGAUGUGGAGGUCAAGAAGACUCCCUGUGUUUGCAAAAGAGGCUUUGUUAGAAAAACAAAUAUAUUUAUACAGAUAAAAGAACAGAACAACAUAGACCGGAAAGAUUUUCUUGACGAUCCUUCAGCUCAAUAAUUUAAGUGUUAGAUAGCAUUUGCGGAGACGAGAGAACCGCGUAGUACAAACUAUAUGGCUGGUCCAUGUAUGCUUGUUGAAAACUUUAUAUUUGAUUUUGCCCAGAUGCUCAGUUUUUUCUUUACAGUUAGAUAGUCUCAGAUAGUCUUUUUGUAAUGUUAAUUUAGUUAGACAAUCUUUUACUAUUAAUAUUACUAUCAUUGUUAUGAUUGCCAUCAUUAUCAAAUUAAUAUUACAUUAAGGAAGAUGAAGUAAACUUUUCCCAUGAAUUUUCCAAUUGUGCAUCACCUGUAAAGAUAUUUGAUACUGAGUGCCAAAUGUUAUAAAGACCUACAUCGUAGAAACCUCUUUAAAUAUGUCUUGGCAUCUUAAAAACGAAAAUCUCAUAAGGAGAAUGAUAUACAGAGCAAGGCAAAAAAAAAACAUUGUAAGGCCAACCUGAGGUAUUGGAAGGCCCGUUGUAACACUGCAUAGUACGUAUUUCGAUUAAAAACGGAAAAUACCAUUAGGAGUUGAUGAGAACUUACAAAAAAAACAUGUGAAACGCUUUUCGUGCAGGAAACAGAACUGACAAUUGACGAGUAUUUUAGUUUUAUAUGUGAUUGGCUGAGAGUAGUAAGAGUUUCCUAGAUCAUUCACAGAGCGAGACUUGAUUGAAAAUUGCUCUCUUUGUAAUGUCCGUUGCCGGGCAUUUUAUCCACACUUCAUAUACAGCUGAUUAGGUUCGUAGAUAGGGCUCUAGCUGGAAAAGGGCUGCAAAAAAUAUAUCUACAGAUGUUUUUUUACAACCAUAUUAAAGUACGUUUUCCUCGUUGUAAUUUAGUAAUCUGGGUGACCGCAUGAUAACACAAUCGCUGGCUUAUUUGAAAUUCCUUUUUUCUGCCAAAGGGAAAGGCUGGUCCUUCAUGAAUUUUAUUGUAAAUGUUUUUUGGAGAUAUUCGACCAUAAUGUAAAGAGUUAUUCCCGUGAUUAAUAUUCAUCAUCUUGUUUGAAGACAAGACAAUCAUCGUCGUCGUCGAUCGAAUAAUAUUGUAUCCUACUUACCGCGUCGUUGAGUUUGUUAAAAAUAUAUAUUGCUAUUUGAUUUUCACUUGACAUCUUGGUUUAUUAGAGCUUUUGUUAUUCUGAAUAACAAAAGCAUUUUUAUGAUUAUCACUUCGUCACAUUUGUGAACUUCAAGGCGGACCCUGUUUGUUCCAAGGUGGAUACCAGUUUCUUCUUGAAUCAAGAGCAUAAAAAAAGGUGACCCCAUUUAAAAUCCUCUGCUCCUAUCCUCAGGUGGU